UAAGAUAUAUUCCUCACAUAGAUCGCUGAGAUUCAAUUAAACACCACCACCUCGAUCUUUAUUCAUGAGUUUUGGGUAACUGCACUUCUUUAUUUUUGCUAAAUCCUGUACUUUGUUUUGUUGAAGAAAACUAAAGAGAUGCUAUUUCAAACCGUCCCACAUCGGUUAGGUACAGAAAGUUAGUCAUAAGCUUUGCACUAUAAAACAGGAAACAGGAGCAUGCAUUCAACUAAUACCUUUCUCGGCCUUUUGGCUAAGAUCAAGUGUAGUAUCUGUUCUUAUCAGUUUAAUAUCUGAUAUGUGGGGAUAUUAACUCUAUUUUUUUAGGGAGGAAAACUCGUCAAGAUAGCUUGCUAUUUGGGUUUCUGUGAAUCGUUCAUGCGUUGCACUAGUGCACGGGACUGGCUCAACCCACCAAACCAAUAGUUCAACUCUUUCUUUUUUUUUUGAACAACUAGCUCAACUCUUUCUCUUCAACAAGAUAAGCUAAACUCAAAUAUCGAGAUUUUUUUCCAUCUCUGGUUUUGUUUUCAUUAAAGAUGAUUAGAACACUAUUCAUAUGUUUACUACAUGUAAAUAAAAGACGAGGCAAAGCAUAUGUUGUAACUAGUACAUGUGUAAUAAUGUUUUGUAAUUGCUUAAAAUCUAAAUAAGUUGCAAUUGAAAUGAGCUUGCUCUCACGAGACUGAAGAAACAGGAACGCACAUGUGUUCAAAGCUACAAGCUUUGUCCUCGAGGAUCAAGCAAGCUUCCUCCAAUGGAAAAUGGCGGGAAGUGCUCUCUAGUUAUUCAGAGAUAGAGACGACAUCUGGAACUCAACUUGACGACCCUUUCCUCUUCCCCAUCGUUUUCAAAGCUUGUGGUAAGCUCUCAUGGCUGUCACGAGGCAGAUGCAUCCACGCGAGUCUGUACAAGAGAGGGUUUGAGUCUUUUGUCUCCGUCGGGAACUCCAUCGCUGACUUCUACAUGAAAUGCGGAGACUUGUGUUCCGCCACGCGAGCGUUUGACUGUAUGACCUCGAGAGACUCUGUUUCUUGGAACGUCGUCGUUUUCGGGUUUCUCGAUCAUGGUUUCGAUGAAGAAGGGCUACGGUGGUUUUCGAAGUCGAGAGUUUGGGGCUUUGAGCCUAAUGUUUCGACAUUGGUUCUUGUGAUUCACGCGUAUCGUAGUUUGCGAUGGUACGCUGAUGGAGAGAAGAUUCACAGCUACGUGAUCCGUAGUGGAUUUUAUGGGGUUUCCUCUGUUCAAAAUUCGAUCUCGUCCUUGUAUGCAGAAUGUGAUUCAUCAAACGCACGCAAACUGUUCGACGAAAUGUCUGAAAGAGAUGUUAUUUCAUGGAGUGUUGUGAUCAGAAGUUAUGUGCAAAGCCAAGAACCUGUUUGUGGGUUGAUGUUGUUCCAAGAGAUGGUUAAUGAGGGGAAAACAGAGCCUGAUAGUGUAACCGUGACAAGUGUUCUCAAGGCAUGUGCUGUUCUUGAGGAUGUUAAUAUGGGAAGAUCAGUUCAUGGGUUUUCUAUACGUAAAGGGUUUGAUUUGGGGGACUUGUUUGUGCGCAAUUCACUCAUCGAUAUGUAUUCCAAAGGGUUUGAUGUUGAUUCAGCGUUUAGAGUAUUUGAUGAGACGACUUGUAGAAACAGUGUGUCAUGGAAUUCGAUUUUGGCCGGGUUUGUACACAACCAAAGGUAUGAAGAGGCUCUUAAGAUGUUUGGUUUGAUGAGAAAAGAGGCGGUUGAAGCUGAUGAAGUUACUCUCGUGAGUCUUCUUCAGGUUUGCAAGUUCUUUGAGCAGCCAUUGCCCUGCAAGUCAGUACACUGCGUGAUGAUCCGGUUUGGAUAUGAGUCUAACGAAGUUGCCUUGAGCUCUUUGAUUGAUGCAUAUACAAGCUGCAGUCUUGUUGAUGAUGCAAGAGCCGUGUUUGAGUCGAUGGCGUACAAGGAUGUGGUGUCAUGUAGCACAAUGAUCUCUGGAGUAGCUCGUUCUGGAAGACCAGAUGAAGCCAUUUCAAUCUUCUGUCAGAUGAAGGAUAAGCCCAACGCCGUCACCGUGGUUAAUCUUCUUGACGCAUGCUCUGUUUCAGCAGACUUGAGAAAAUCCAAAUGGGCACAUGGAAUAGCUAUCCGGAGAGGCUUAGCCACAGCUGACAUCUCAGUUGAUACCUCCAUUGUUGACGCAUACGCAAAAUGUGGCGCCAUAGAAAUGGCGAGGAGAGCAUUCAAUCUAGUCCCUAGGAAAAACGUCGUCUCUUGGACAGUGAUCAUAUCAGCGUACGCUAUAAAUGGUUUACCGGAGAGAGCAUUAGCAUCGUUUGAGGAAAUGAAACGAGAAGGUUACGCACCAAACGCUGUGACUUAUCUGGCGGUUUUAUCAGCUUGUAAUCAUGGAGGACUGAUCAAGCAAGGUCUCAUGAUCUUCAAAUCAAUGUUUAAAUAUCACAACAAACCUUCGUUGCAGCAUUACUCUUGUCUUGUUGACUUGCUUAGCCGAGCUGGAGAGAUUGAAACAGCCAUGGAACUAAUCAAGAACCUUCCUGAAGACGUAAAACCCGGGGCUAGUGCUUGGGGAUCAAUUCUUAGCGGCUGCAGGAACCGUUUGAAAAGUGGGAUCAUUACCACAGAGGCAAUAGCUGAGGUUCUUGAGCUUGAACCCUUGUGUUCUUCAGGGUAUUUGCUAGCGUCCAGCGUGUUCGCUGCAGAGAAAUCGUGGGAAGAUGUAGCGUCAAUGAGGAGGUUGGUGAAGGAGAGAAAAGUUCGGGUCGUUGCAGGUUAUAGCACGGUUCUUGAAGGAACCAUGUCUAGGAGGUUCUUGGCGGGAGAGAAGCUAAACCAAAGUGACUGUGAGAUAAAUACCGUCGUUCAGAGUCUUCAUAGAUGCUUGACAUCAGAAAAUUCAAUGGAAUGGAUCUCAACGAAAGUUUUUUAGGAGAAGAAGGUUUUAAGUAUUUGGCUCUUGCUAGUUUGCUGAGUGUUUCAAGAUGCAUGUCAGUUCUUGAUCAGGGCUAAAGCAAGUUCAUGCACUUUCUCUUCAUCUUGGUUACUGUUCGUAGCUCUCUGAUUAAUAUGUACUCUUAAACACGGAAGUAUGAUAGAAGCUUCAGAGAUAUUUGAUGAAACAUAUAUAUCUGAUAUUGUUUCUUUCACCAGCUAAGGUCGCUGGAUAUGCAGUACACGGGAAUACCAAAGAAGCGAUUCAUAUAUUUGAGAAAAGUGCAAGGGAACUGGCCAUUCCUAAAAGGAAUAUUAUGAAUAAAAAAUGAUUAUUUGUGGAA